GCAGUAUAGAAUAAAAAGUGAAUGGAGAAAAGAAACCAAUAAUAAUAAUUGCAUACAAAAAAUAAGUCAUUUUGUCAGGCUACAAAAAGGAAAAUAAUUUUUCCAUAAUGGCUUUUGAUUUAUGCAUCGACAAGAACUUAUUCCUAGACACUACAUGUCGAACAUGUAGUAGAUUUUUUAGCGAGAAUGUAAAGUUUUACAAAAUAUUCGAGGAGAAACUUAAGACAUCCACUAAUGAGGGUGCUGGUGCAGUGGAAGGGUCCCUGCAAGCAGGUGAUCUAAAAGAAAGCAAGGUGUAUGAGACCUGCGAGGAGAUCAAGGAUAUCUUUGAGGAUCUCAAUAUAUGGAAAUUGAAUAUCAAACCAUUUGAUGGUUUGCCUCAGCAGUUGUGUGAGGAAUGUUUUCAGCGUUUCAAACAGGUGAAAGCAUUUCGUGAAGAGUGCCUCGACAGUCAACGCAUAUUGCAAAGCUAUUUCUUGGAUUUUGAUAAUCUAUUGGAUGUGGGCAAACUAUCACCUACUGCAGACUUGGUAAAAUUGGAGUUAGACAACCAGAAUGAUGCAGUUUUAGGCAAAGAUUCAGCUAGAUCUUCACCCAAGUGCUGCACACAAGAGUUAAUGUCUCCUUUUAGCAGUCCCCGUUUGAGACUAAGUCCUCGUUUUGCCGAACUGGGUAAUUGUCUCGAUACUUCAUCCUCUAUGGGAACACCACCCCCCUUAUUCGAGGAAAUCAAAACUGAACCCAUAGAUAUGGAAACUAUGGAAGUAAUGAAAGCAGAAUCUGAAUUACCGUUUCAAGAACCUUUGAAAAAAGAAUAUACCAUUAGAUCUCCCAAUAAUUCUUCGGAUGAAGAAUCCUCCACCCCUACUUCAGAUGAGGAGGUAGAAACUGAAGACUCCUCCUCGUCGGAUGAAGAGUCCUUGCAGGAUUUCAAAUUGAAACAAAAGAAAAAGUUGCACUCUUAUUUGAAGUGUAAAAUAUGUGGCCAAUCUUGUCAAAAUCGCCAACAGCUCAAAAUGCAUCAUAUGCGUUUUCAUCCACAGGAGAAACCCUUCGAAUGUGACAUUUGCACCAGCACUUUCAAGUCUAGUUUUCUGUUGGCCCAACAUAAGCUCAAGCACAAUCGUCCCGAUACCAUGCAGUGUGAUGAGUGCAAGAAAUAUUUCCGCAGCCAGCUACAUUUGCAAAGACAUUUUAAGAAUUUCCAUUUAAAAUCUACCUACACUUGUCACAUUUGCAACCAACAAUUCGAAAACUAUACGCAAAUGCGUUUUCAAUAUCAUGUGCGGCAGCAUGGAGAAAAACGUUUCUCGUGUUCGUACUGUGACAAGGCUUUUCACCAAAAGAUCCAUUUGAUCAAUCAUGAAAGGACUCACACAAAAGAACAGCCAUUUCGCUGUGAUUUAUGCGGCAAGGCCUAUCGCCAGCAGACCGCCUGUCAGGAGCACAUGAAAACCCACAAGGAUCCCACUCCCUUCAAAUGUAAACAUUGCUCCAAGGAGUUCUCGCAACGUUCUACACUGCGAAUACACAUGCAGAAAAUGCACAAUUUGGAAAAACAAUCAAACACUACUCAAAACUUUGCUAGAAAUUCUGGGAAUACGGCUGCAGUAUUUGAGCAACAUAAUUUUAUGAGUUUUUAAAAAACUUGUAUUUAAAUGAAUGUGUUUCGAUUCUAUUUUGUAUUUCAAAAAUAAAUAAAAUCAAGAUCUUAAAAUAAGCUUAAUAAUUACAGUUUGCUUUGUAAAAAUUAUACCUAUAUUACUAUUAAAUAUAACUUACUUUGAAAAAGUCUAAUAUGUA